AUGGAGAUUAAGUCACCCCAAUAUCUAUGGAGCAUGACUUAUAUUCUAGGAUUUCUAGUAGUGUUUGUUGCAGGGCAAAGUGCGUCGGAUGUAGUGGCUACGUAUAACUUGUAUAACGCAGCUCAAAUCGGAUGGGAUUUGAACACGGCUAGUGUUUAUUGUGCGACAUGGGAUGCUGACAUGCCAUUGUCAUGGAGAAGUCAAUAUGGUUGGACCGCGUUUUGUGGGCCUCAAGGGCCUCAUGGAGAGGAGGCUUGUGGGCAAUGUCUUGAGGUGACAAAUGAAGGAACGGGGGCUCAAGUGAUUGUAAGGAUUGUGGAUCAAUGUAGCAACGGAGGACUGGAUUUGGAUUAUGACGUUUUUCAAGAACUAGACACUGAUGGACAAGGAUCCGCUCAAGGCCACCUUACCGUGAGUUAUGAAUUCGUAGGUUGCUGAUUAUUACGAUGAAUGUUGUUUUAUUUUUAUUCAUAUAUAUUUUUUCAUCGUA